AUAUGAGAUGGAAUACUUUGUUGUAGCUGCAAAUUGCGCAAAAUUAAAGACUUCAAAACACAAGCACAGACUAAUAUUUACAAAGAACACAAUUGUGACGGAAUUACAUGAUUCAUUAUUUCAUAUGAAUAUUUGUAAUUUGCGCACUUUUGAUCAAUUGACAAAUCAAGUGAACAUGGAUGAGACUGAACUAUUCGAUGUUGUUGGACAGGUUGUCUCUUAUAAACCAUAUAAAUUCAGCAAGGAAGAAGAUAAUGAUGAUUGUUUUUUUAAAGUUAUACUAGAAGAUGAUAAGAAAGAUAGGCUUUCAACAAUUUUAUGGAGCAAACAUGCGUAUCAAAUUCAACCUCAUUUGUGUGAGUCUGCAGAUGAACCAUUGAUUGUUGUUUUGCAAUUAAUGAUGGGUCACAAAAUAAGAGAAAACUACUAUGUUCAUAGUUGUUGGGAUGAAACGAAACUUUGGAUAAAUUCUAAUCUGCCUCAGCCUACUGAUUCAAUUUGA